AUGCCUCUCUCAUACCGCAACGCCGUUGCCGUUGCAGAGAUCGUCUUCUACGCCCCUGUUUUUCUCAUUGCAGUCUACCUCAACCUUCGCCAUGGCUGGCAACGCGCCUACGGCUGGUUCUUCCUCGCCAUCUUCUCCCUAGCCCGACUCAUCGGCGCCUCGCUACAGCUCGCCACAAUCCAGGACCCAGACAACAUCAACCUCUACAUCGCCGCCGCAACGCUCACCAGCGUCGGCCUCUCGCCGCUCCUCCUGGCCAGCCUGGGCUUCAUCGCCCGCGUGCGCAGCAGCAUCCACAAGUCCCAGACCACCCAGACCGGCAUCCCCACGAAGGCCCUGCGCCUCGUCGAGAUACUCACCAUCGUCGCGCUGAUCCUGAGUAUCGUCGGCGCCAACUCCCUGCCGAGUGGGACGUUUGCCUCCGGCGAGCCGCAGCAGGUGGAUCUCCCUUCCACCAUGAAGACGAGUAUCGUCCUGUUUAUCCUGAGCUAUAUCGCCAUCGCCGGCCUGGCGCUGUACCUCUGGGUGUAUGUGCGCUCCAUCCAGCCCGGUGAGACGAGGUUGCUGGUCGCCGUGACCCUGUCGCUUCCGUUCCUUGCCGUGCGCCUCUUGUACUCGGCUCUGGCGAUCUUGGGACAUGACCCGCUCUUUGGCUGGGUGGGUGGAAGUGUCACGGUGUGGUUGUGCAUGGGGCUGGUGAUGGAGGCGGUGGUGGUGGUGAUACUAGCUAGAAUCGUGAGCAAUUGGAACUUCAAGUUCUGUUGA